AUGAAUUACAACAAGUCUAUGGUCACAGAAUUUUUUCUUCUGGGAUUUGAACAUCUUGAAAGUCUAAAGAUCCUUCUGUUCUGUGUGUUCCUUUUGAUUUAUAUUUUAACAUUACUUGGAAAUGUGUUAAUUAUUUUAUUGGUAUCAGUCAGCCAUCGUCUUAAGACCCCUAUGUAUCUUUUUCUCAGGAAUCUUUCAUUAUGUGAAAUUAUUUUUACUACAAAUAUUGUCCCCAAAAUGCUAGAGGUGUUAAUGAAAGGAGGAAGUGCAAUUUCUUUUUUGGGGUGUGCCAUACAGCUUUAUUUUUUUGGCUCUGCUGGAAUUGCAGAAUGUCUGCUUCUUACUGCAAUGUCAUAUGACCGAUAUCUGGCCAUCUGCAAACCUUUACAUUAUUCCACUUUAAUGAACUUCAAACGCCAUUUAUAUCUUGUAGCUUGCUCAUGGACAGGUGCCAUCAUUUUACCAGGAAUUUCAAUAUCCAUGAUUGGUGGCCUAGAAUUUUGCGGUUCCAAUGUUGUUGAUCAUUUCUUCUGCGAUCUUGCACCAGUUCUUGAACUCUCUUGCUCAGAUACAUCCGCUGUAGAAUUUGAAGUGUUUGCGCAAACUAUCCCUGUGUUUGUUUUCACAUUUAUUUACAUUGUUAUAACAUAUAUUAAGAUAUUGACUGCAAUCUUCAAGAUACCAUCCACCACUGGAAGACAGAAAGCUUUCUCCACUUGCAGUUCACAUCUCAUUGUUGUUUGCACGUAUUAUGGGACCAUGAUUUCUUUGUAUGUUACUCCUAGUAACAGACAGUCAGUGAAAUUAAAUAAGACUCUUUCUUUGCUGUAUAGUGUGGUAACUCCAUUACUUAACCCAAUUGUAUACAGUUUACGGAAUCAAGAAAUACGCAAAGCUUUGUCGUCACUUAUGUCAAAUAACUUAUAA